UUUCUCACUAACUUCUUUUUCUCUUUGUCGCUGCAUCUAGAUUUGGAUUUGAUCCUCAUCAAAUCUUCAAUGGAAACUCCCUCCCAACUCAGCACCGUCCCUACCUCCGACUACCACAAGGCCAGUCAUUUUCUCGUCUUGCUCUUACGAUUCGGCCGCCCGGCUCGCCCUCCUCUACUCGCUUCUCUCUGCAAGCUAUUCCCCUCCUCGCCCGACCUCGUUCACUACCUCUGCUCGAUCCCCAACUCGCCGAUCUCUUUAACCGGAGAUCUGUUCGUCAUUCCUUCUCCCGUCGCUUCUAGGGCUUUCAUCCAGUCCGCUGCGAUCACAAACUUUGUUAACGCUCUUUUGCGGCAGCCGUCGCAGCCGUUUGUGACCAAUUUUUGUGGUGCUGAUUCAGUUGGAUUGCGCUUAAAGAAGCGGAAAUGGCUAGUUUCAGGCUGCGAAUUCGUACCUUCAGCGAAAAGAAGAUUGGUUUUAAAUACCGAAUAUGCGAAUGUAGCGAAUCGAUCCCCUUUACAACUCGAGUAUGAUUCCCCAAAGGUAUCUUUUCAAUUUCAGGUGACUGACUAUGUAAGCCGAGGCAUAAAUACGAUAACACUUAGUAUGUUAAAAAUGGUAAAUGGGUUUAGUUUUACAAACCAUUCGUCUUGCAUAUGGGAUGCAAGACAAAGAAGUUGUCAACUGACGGAGAUGAGACAUUUAGAGGGUGAAACUGAUACGAAUGUAUCUAUUAAAAGUAAGGGUGAUGAAGAAUCAAUGUCAUUUAAACCUAACCUAGAGCUAGUUUUGUCGACAAGCAUUUUAGAUAAUCUAACGGUAAGUGGUGGAACUGUUGAAGAUGGUGAUAUUAGAACAAAUUGUGUGGUCACAUUGUGCCCGGAUGAUAGUGAAGGGAUAGAUAUGUCACUUAUGAAGAAUGGAAACGCUAAUGAGAGUUUCACAGCUUUAGAUAUUGAAAUCAAUGAGAAGGAAAGAACUGUGGGAGGUCUGGAGGAAGCGAGAUCAGUGGCUUCUGGGAGUAUUUUUGGAGAAGAAGAAAAUGUAUGUCUACCAUUUAAAUCUAUACAUUUGAAUGCACCAAGUGGAAGUGGCGGAAUGAAAGAGUUAGAUUUCGAAGAUAUUAUGCCAUCCUUUGAGAAAGAGCAGAUAUAUGUUGAAAGCUGUGAUCCUAAGGCCCUUUCUCAGAAGCUAUCAAAGCAUGAGGAGGCUAUUGAGGGGAUAUCCCCAAGACAGAACCAGCUUUGCAAAUCUGGAGUGCGUGGCAAGGCUAUUGAUGCCCAGAAAGAGAAGCACCAAACUAAAGGAGAUUGCAAAGUAAUUGACAAGAGGCGGAAAAUAGGGCAGGAUAUUGAAAAAAAGAGAACCUCUAACGUCGUUUCCCCUAAGGACCAAAUAGAAGAAAAGAUACUUCCAAACUUUGAAACUUAUGUUGCAGAGGAGGAAGAAGGCUCAGGUGGUUAUGGAACUGUUUACCGGGCAAGAAGUAAGAAAGAUGGAACUACUGUUGCCAUUAAGUGUCCUCAUGUUAAUGCUCAUAAGCAUCAUGUUGACAAUGAGCUUAGGAUGCUGGAGCGAUUUGGGGGUAAAAGCUUUGUCAUUAAAUAUGAAGGUUCGGUCAAGAAUGGAGAUUCUGAUUGCUUUGUCUUAGAGCAUGUUGAACAUGAUAGGCCUGAGGUGUUGAAGAGUGAGAUAAGCGUUUGUCAGCUUCAGUGGUAUGGCUAUUGUAUGUUCAGAGCACUAUCAAGUCUUCAUAAACAGGGUGUAAUCCACAGGGAUGUCAAACCUGGAAACUUCCUCUUCUCUCGUAAGGCCAGUAAAGGUUACCUGAUCGAUUUCAACCUGGCAAUGGACUUACAUCAGAAAUAUGGAAACACUGGCAAAUCAAAGGUAGGAUGUAGUGCUCGCAAUGAUCAAGUCAAACUUCCUAACACAAGUUCUACUCAAACCAAAGAUAGGAAGUUACCAAAUACUAAAUCUUCAGAAACAGCUCGCCUCAAGACAACAAAUGAUUUCAAGUCAACUUUAGAUAUGAAGAACAUUAGAAGAAAGGCUUUGAUUCAAACCAAAACUCGUAAUAAUGAUUUGGGUGGCUGGAAUGUUAGCAAAAGUCAAGGUGCAGAUGGCUCUGGCAUUACUUCAGCUGACAGAUUGAGGGAACCUUUGCCAUGCCAAGGUAGGAAGGAGCUCAUCAACCUGGCUCAGGAAGCAAGGCAAAAUCUAAAUCAUGAGUCAUCAGCUGUAUUAUCUCCCAUGAGAAAAAGAAUCGCUGCUUCUCCUCAAAAUGUGGAUAAAACACUUGUUUAUCUUACUCCAAUGCCCCUGGUUUCAACAGGACCUGGUGCUGGGAGUUCUCAAUUGAUGAACAGAGGGAAUCGGAAAUUCAAGAAAGAAGGUCAUUGUGUUGGAACCAAAGGCUUCCGGGCUCCCGAGGUUUUAUUGAGAUCUCCCUAUCAAUGCCCUAAGAUCGAUAUAUGGUCAGCUGGGGUCACCUUACUCUACCUCAUGGUUGGAAGAACACCAUUUUUUGGAGAUCCGGAACAAAACAUGAAGGACAUAGCAAAGUUAAGAGGCAGUGAAGAAAUAUGGGAAGUCGCCAAGCUACAUAACCGUGAAUCUUCAUUUCCAGAGGACUUGUAUAAAUUGGAGUCGUUGCCAUCCGUAAAGCUUGAGGAUUGGUGUGAAAUGAGUUCAAAGAGACCAAGUUUCUUGAAGGAAAUUCCAAAAUCACUUUAUGAUUUGGUGGACAAAUGCUUGACAGUUAACCCUAGACUCAGAAUAACUGCAGAAGAAGCUCUUAAACAUGAAUUUUUUGAUCCAUGUCAUGAAGCCUUGAGAAAGUUGAGGUCGCAAAGACAAGACUCUGAAAACAGUUCCUCUUUGCGUGGUAAAAGCAUUCUCAAACCCAUUAAGAUUUCUCAAGUAAAAGCCUGAAAAUGUUACAAAACAUACUCUUUUUUUUUUUGCGUGGUAAGUUAAAAGGUAACCACAUUUUGUUUUGUUUAAGGUCAUAGCAAUUUCCAUAAUGCUUUUGGUCAAAUUGUAAAGUCAUUGGGUUGUAUUGUAUAUAUAUAUAACAACUCAAGAUCAUAU